AUUUCCGCGAGCUGGACAGAGGGGAAGCAUCAACGGGAAUUGGUCGUUUAGCUUCCACUUUCUAAACUAGUUCUUCCAACAGACCCCUUAAAUUGGAAGCCCUGCAGGAUUUUCAGUGACCCCUUCCCAGUCAGCCAGAAUGCCAACCGCUCUCACAGAUCCAAGCCAGAUAAUCUGCGAAGUCUGGGCGAACAAUGUGGAUGAGGAGAUGAGGAGAAUCCGGCAAACUAUUCGAAACUAUUCUUACGUUGCCAUGGACACAGAGUUUCCAGGAGUGGUGGUUCGGCCCAUUGGUGAGUUUCGCAGCACAGUGGAUUACCAGUACCAGCUUCUGCGCUGCAAUGUGGACCUGCUGAAGAUUAUCCAGCUGGGACUGACAUUCAUGAAUGAGGAGGGCGACUAUCCCCCAGGGACCACAACGUGGCAGUUCAACUUCAAAUUCAAUCUGACAGAAGACAUGUACUCCCAGGACUCGAUUGAUCUCCUGCAGAAUUCGGGACUUCAGUUCAGGAAGCAUGAGGAAGAGGGAAUUGACACUCUCUACUUUGCAGAGCUCCUGAUGACGUCUGGCCUUGUUCUCUGCGAAAAUGUCAAGUGGCUCUCCUUCCACAGUGGCUAUGACUUUGGCUACCUGGUGAAGCUCUUGACCGACGCCAGGCUACCAGAGGAGGAGCACGAGUUCUUCCAGAUCCUCACCCUCUUCUUCCCUGCCAUCUACGAUGUAAAGUAUCUCAUGAAGAGCUGCAAGAACCUCAAGGGUGGUCUGCAGGAAGUGGCUGACCAGCUGGAGCUGAAGAGGAUCGGGAGGCAGCACCAGGCAGGGUCUGAUUCCUUGCUGACUGGGAUGGCCUUUUUUCGAAUGAAGGAGCUGUUUUUUGAGGAUAAUAUCGAUGAUGCAAAGUACUGUGGCCGGUUAUAUGGCCUGGGUUCUGGAUCGUCCAGUCAGAACGGCAUAUCCAGCAGCAGCCAAGAAGAGGCCAACAACAAGCACUGA